AUGUCUCGCUCCCUUUCUCCCUAUCCCGAGUUCAUCCUCCUGAAGAAGGGUGUGCAGGGUCUCGACAGUGAAUUCUGGAUCGACAUGAUAUCCAGACGGUCUCAAGGAGUCUCCCCCGCCCGUAUCAAGAAGGUCGAGCACUAUAAGUGCACGAACGGGUUCAAUCACGAAUUCCUUGCAGUGCACCUUGACCACCCCGCCAUCAAUCAACCCAUCGCCAAUCCCUCCGCCUCCAAGGAAUCUCGGCGUGAUCGCCAGAUAGUCCUUUUCGUCGAGCGCACCGCGCAACCUGAUAUCUUGACCGUGCUCGGCUUCAGUAGCACCUCUUUGGUCGCGCCCAUCCCUGCUUCAGACCUAGUUUCGAUUGCAUCUCCCAAGUUCAAAGAUCCCAUUUCCCACAUCAAUGAGAAGCACAAGGAGCACAUACUUCUCUCUACCCUCGAAUUUUCUGGGGAGAACCGCCCCACCGACCGUGAUCUUUCCUCCAUCCUACAAUUUGCGACCACAAAGCACCCGAAGUACGACAUAGAAUACCAAUGUUUUUGGUAUGCCGGCCUAGUCUUCGAUGCACUGAAGGACAAGUUUUGUGGUCUAAAGAAGGACGAGCACGCGGAUAAGCGCGGGCAUCUCAAAACCUUGAAGGCACCGAUUGGUGAUGGGUGGGCCGAGCUCAAGGGCGAGUACGAGAAAUGGAAGAGCCCCACCGAAUCUGCUGGCGUGCCCCCCACAGCCCCUAUAACCGCUCACUACGAUCAUGCCCAGCAGGGCUCCCUUACGCCUUCUUGA